AUGGAACUAAAAGCUAGAGAGAAGCAUUCGAUGCGGGCAUCACAUUCAAGCAAUGAACACUUGAUGCUCCCGUACAUUACUUUCCAUAAUAAGUUUUAA